GCGAAAGCAGCUAGCGGGAGGCGCCACUGCCUCGCAGACGCAAGCACCGGCAGCUGAGGAACCCGAGAGAAAGUUCCCGGGGAGAGCUCGCCCCUGGGAGGGCCGAUUGGAGGCUUCUCGCCCAGAGGGUCGCAGGUCCCGCGCGUCCAGCCUGCCUACCAGCUGCGCACACUUGGCCGCUCAGGGGCUCGGCUCGCCGGGAAGUAGGGGAGCAUCGCGGGCGGGCAGUCGGGGCGGCAGCGGCUAAACUUGGAGGAGGAGGAUGCUGCCAGUGGGCGCGGCGGCGUGGAGCGCGUGGGCGCACUGAGUGCUCCCGGCGGGCUCAGCCGGGAGAGCACGCUGAGCCUGAGCGGGCAGGUAGCGGCUCCAGCUCCCGGACUGCGCCAAGCCUACAAGCUAAGGCCGCCAGCGCCACCGUGCCGGCGUCGCCUUUUCGCCACCGAGCAAUGGUGUGCGGAGAGUGCCAGCCACGCGCGGGACUCUGAGCUCCGACGGUUCCGUGCCCCCACCUCUCCUCUUCCUUCGGGAGACCCUCGCUCUGGGCCAGCUACGCUCACGGGCCAUGAAGCUCUGGCCCAGAGUCGCUCGCCUCUGAGCUGCGCAUCGCCGGCUCCAGCCCCGGCGCUGUUUGGCCACAUACCGCACUCUGACCCCUGAAGCUCCCCAUCCCCUCCCAGCGACAGCGCCCAGGUGCUCGGAGAUGGCGCUCCGCGGGACCCUCCGGGCGCGCAAAGUUCGCAGGAGGCGAGAGAUGCUGCCGCAGCAAGUUGGUUUCGUGUGCGCGGUGCUGGCCCUGGUGUGCUGUGCGUCUGGCCUCUUCGGCAGCUUGGGGCACAAAACAGCUUCUGCUAGCAAACGUGCUCUACCAGACGCGUGGCGGAACAGAAAGCUGAUGGCUCCCGUGAAUGGGACUCAGUUGUUGAAGAACUGCACAGAGCCAGCCAUCCACGAGUUCCCCACAGACCUGUUCUCCAAUAAGGAGCGACAGCACGGAGCUGUCCUGCUGCACAUCCUCGGUGCUCUGUACAUGUUCUACGCCUUGGCCAUCGUGUGCGACGACUUCUUUGUUCCGUCCCUGGAGAAGAUCUGUGAGAAACUCCACCUGAGCGAGGACGUGGCAGGAGCCACCUUCAUGGCCGCAGGGAGCUCCACGCCAGAGCUGUUCGCCUCGGUCAUUGGUGUCUUUAUCACCCACGGCGAUGUCGGGGUGGGGACCAUCGUGGGCUCCGCCGUGUUCAACAUCCUGUGUAUUAUUGGAGUCUGUGGACUCUUUGCUGGUCAGGUGGUGCGUCUGACGUGGUGGGCCGUGUGCCGGGACUCCGUGUACUACACCUUGUCUGUCAUUGUGCUCAUCGCGUUCAUAUACGAUGAAGAAAUUGUGUGGUGGGAAGGCUUGGUGCUGAUCGUCUUGUACGGGUUUUACAUUCUGAUCAUGAAGUACAAUGUGAAGAUGCAGGCCUUUUUCACAACCAAACAAAAGAGCAUUGCCAACGGCAACCCGGUCAGCAACGAGCUGGAAGAUGGUAAUGACUUCUAUGACGGUAGCUAUGAUGACCCCUCGGUGCCAUUGCUGAGGAAAGUGAAGGAGAAGCCGCAGUACGGCAAGAACCCCGUGGUGAUGGUGGACGAGAUCCUGAGCUCCAGCCCCCCCAAGUUCAACUUCCCCGAGGCGGGCCUGCGCAUCAUGAUCACCAACAAGUUUGGGCCCAGGACCCGGCUGCGCAUGGCCAGCAGGAUCAUCAUCAAUGAGCGGCAGAGACUGAUCAGCUCGGCCAACAGUGUGAGCAGCAAGCCGCUUCAGAACGGGACGCACGAGAACAUCGAGAACGGGAAUGUCCCCGUGGAAAACCCUGAGGACCCUCAGCAGGACCAGGAGCAGCAGCCGCCACCCCAGCCACCACCCCCGGAGCCAGAGCCGGUGGAGACUGCCUUCCUGUCCCCCUUCUCCAUGCCUGAAGCACGAGGGGACAAGGCCAAGUGGGUGUUCACCUGGCCCCUCAUCUUCCUCCUGUGUGUCACCAUCCCCAACUGCAGUAAGCCCCGCUGGGAGAAGCUGUUCAUGGUCACCUUCGUCACUGCCACACUGUGGAUCGCCGUCUUCUCCUACUUCAUGGUGUGGCUGGUGACCAUCAUCGGAUACACCCUGGGCAUCCCCGACGUCAUCAUGGGCAUCACCUUCCUGGCCGCAGGCACCAGUGUCCCCGACUGCAUGGCCAGCUUGAUCGUGGCCAGACAAGGCCUUGGCGACAUGGCGGUGUCCAACACCAUAGGAAGCAAUGUGUUUGACAUCCUGGUGGGGCUCGGCAUCCCGUGGGGCCUGCAGACCAUGGUCAUUAGUUAUGGAUCCACGGUCAAGAUCAACAGCCGGGGUCUGGUCUAUUCUGUGGUGCUGCUGCUGGGCUCCGUCGCGCUCACCGUCCUCGGCAUCCACCUCAACAAAUGGCGACUGGACCGGAAGCUGGGCGUCUACGUGCUGGUUCUCUACGCCAUCUUCCUGUGCUUCUCCAUAAUGAUAGAGUUUAACGUCUUCACCUUCGUCAACCUGCCCAUGUGCCGAGAAGACGAUUAGAGCUGAGCCACCACCCCGCGCCUCCUGGCCGCCCACCACACUGGCGUCCUUCUCUCUCCCUCCCCCGCCACAGGUCCCUCCUGCCUCAGCCACCACCAUCUGUCCUUUCAUGAGCUGGAAGGAAGGGCCAUCAUGGUCUUUGCCUGGUCCCAGCCCAGGCUGCUGGCCUGCUCCUUGGAGUCAGCCCCCAAGGCAGGGUCCUGGCGGUACUCGAGUUGAGCAGCUCCACAGGCCCCUGAGCUGCCAGCCGCGGGGACAUGGAGUGUCCCAUCUCUUGCACACUUCUGCAUGCAGCUUGUCUUUCUCCUCCAUGGGCAGGCUCAGAAACGAGGCGGUCGGUACCCACGAGGUCUCUCUGGGCAAGUGCAAAACAAAAGUGCCACUCUGUAGUGUCAGCUCGGGGCCAGAGGAGUGAGGUCCUCAGGCAACAUGUGUCCCCAGGAGCCUCUGACUUCUGCCGGAAGCACUCACAGUUUGGAAGAGGCAAGGCGUCACCCUGCUGGGGUUGGAGACCAUGACAGCAGACAUUCCACUCCUUUUUCUGGAAAAAUUAGAAGAAUGGAAACAUUUCUUUCACCGCAGAAGAGAGAAACGCAAAUACUCUUAUCCUUUUUAUUGAUGCAGAGAAUGAGCAGUGAAAUAUUAAAAAAUAAAACAUCCGACAGAUCAUCAUACUUGAAAAAUAUCAUUCCACACUAAAAGAUCAUGAUGGGGACCCAAAAAGGUCACCCCUGUACAAAAAUGAAACCUCUGUGUCUCGUCUUGCAUUGACGUGAAGAUGUUUGGUUUGAAAUAUAGAAAAAGGUGAAGGACCAACGUGGAAACAGGUGCUAACUCAGAGACACAGUGAGGACUGCAGUUCACUGCUCGACAUUCCAGACCUUCUGUGUGAGGCAAUGCACUGUCUGUCCAGGUUUGUCAUUUCUUUAAUGUUUUAGCUUCAUAACCCCCUUGUGGAAAGACGCAGUUGUUUGUAUGCCCAGCCAAUUUCAGAACUGAUGGUUUUAGUGACAAGAAGAGAGAUUUCCUUCAAAACCAUGAAUUGCUCUCGGGUUAGCUGGAGGCAAGUCUGAAAACCAUAUCUUGGAAUUUUUAGAGCUAAUUUUCUUGAAACUCAUAGUUUACUACAUAUGAAAGGCCGGGGAUAGGAGACUGAUUAAAAAAUAGAGAAGCAUGGAACUAUGUUCAACUGCUUCGUAGCUCUAAAAAGUAUACUGAAAAGAUUUAUGAACACAAACCUUUCCUGGGUUCUCAAAAGCAAGCACAAAUUAAUUUUCUAUAGAGAGUGUUCUUUUAUUUUUUUAACGUUUCUAUCGCAAAAGUCUACCGGAUCUGAUGCACUUUUAAUAUUGAGCUAUUUUGCACAGGAGAAGACAUGGGAGCCACCCCUGUCGAUGUCAGAGGAAAGGUUUUUAGUGAUUCACCAGAAAUCGCUUUAAACUUGGCAAUGAGUUUAACUCCAGUAGCUAACCCCCUCCUGAGACACCAAGCUCAUGACCCAUGUUGGAAUUUGUGACUAUGCUCUGUAAGGCCUCCGGAAUUCCAAAAGGAGGAAGUGUUCGAGUCUGCGUCCCCAAGUUCCCUUAAGCAUGACCCUGUGGUGGGACUUGGCUCCCGGCACCAGUUCCCAUCCAGGACUCACAUCAGUAUUAGAGGGACACCAUAUCAAUGCUUCUCUUUCUGUUUCUCUACCCAGAGCCUGGGCUCAGGGGCCUUCAAAUUGAGAAAUAAAAAGGAUUUUCCUAAGAAA